GUCUCCUGGUGCCCUUGCUCUGGAUCCAGUCUGCUCAAAGAACAUACCAUGAAGAGGGUCCUGGCAACCACUCAGCACAAACAGGCCUAGCAGCCCCAGGACCAUGAAUGCAAAUUGCAGCACCCCGGACUGGCCUGACCCAAUCUCCUAUGUCUUCACCAUCUACCACGUCUUGUUGCUGGUGCUGGGCCUGCUGCUCAACGGCUUGGCCCUCUGGGUGUUCUGCCAUCGCAUGCACCAGUGGACGGAGACCCGUGUCUACAUGACCAAUCUGGCUGUGGCUGACCUCUGCCUGCUUUGCUCCAUACCCUUCAUGCUGUACUCCCUGAAGGACACUUCAGACACACCAGUCUGCCAGCUUUCACAAGGAAUCUACUUGGUCAACAGAUACAUGAGCAUCAGCUUGGUCACAGCCAUUGCUGUGGACCGAUACUUGGCCGUUCGGCACCCACUGCGCGCCCGUGGGCUACGCUCCCCACGACAGGCUGCAGCAGUGUGUGUGGCCCUCUGGGUGGUGGUGGUCAGCUCCCAGGUGGUACGCUGGUACCUGAAAGAGGGUAGCUUCUGCUUCAGAAACCCAACCCGGUACAGCUUUGACAACAUCUCUUUCUUGCUGUUUGGUUUCUACCUGCCACUAGUUGUGGUGGUCUUCUGCUCUUUGCAGGUUGUGACUGCACUGGCCCGGAGGCCAGCCACUCACGUAGGGCAGGCAGAGGUCACCCUCAAGGCCACUCGCAUGGUUUGGGCCAACUUAGUUGUGUUUAUCAUCUGCUUCCUGCCACUGCAUGUGGUCCUGACAGUGCAGGUCUCCCUGGGCCAGCUAACCUGUAUAACCCGCCACAACUUCAUCCAUGCCCUCUCCGUGACUGGCAAGCUCUCAGAUGCCAACUGCUGCCUGGAUGCCAUCUGCUACUACUACAUGACUAAGGAGUUCCAGGAUGCAUCCACACGGGCUGUGCCCUCUACUAAGACCCAGAAGAGCCAGAACUCCCAGAGCCUGACCCUGACCUAGGAGG